UCCACAGACAACGUGGAAUUUAUUUUUCAACAAAUCAGGGAGGUAGCGCUUCAAAGUUUUCCUCCAUUUGCUGACUAUUCGUAUCGUGAUUCUUUGUUUUCUAACCUGGAUAGAAAAGAUGCAUGAAUUAUAGUUUCAAGAACAAAAAAUUAAACUUGAUUGAUGGUAAAAAUCCUGAGCAAUUUUGUCUGUCAACACUGAACAGCUCUGACUUUUGUGUCCCUUACAUUUCAUUCGUCUGUGAAUAGUCAUGCUUGCACUUCAAGCAAAGACGAUGGCACCAUGCACUUUUAAUGUCAUUGAGCAGCUCGAAAUCAGAGCAUCCUUAAAAGUUCCAGAAGUACUUCAGCACCUCGUUGGUCUUGGACACGGUUAAUUUAAGGAACUAUUUAAGUUCUGUUUAUCCAGAAUAAAGUAGCUGAAAACUGGAUUAGCUUCUCAGAUUCAGUAAUAUGGCAGUUGACAAUGGGUUCGGUGGCCAAACAGAUACAGAUGAAGCCACCACAUCAAAAAGCAAUCCAGAAGCGGAGAAAAACCCCGCCACGAAUGGUGAUCAGGAACAGGAAGACAUAAAAAAGCGCAAAGGAGAUGAGAAAGCUAACACUGUUCCUUUUCAGAAACUGUUCUCAUUUGCAGAUUCCACUGAUAUUUUGUUAAUGAUCCUUGGCACAAUUGGUGCAGUCGGCAAUGGUGUAUGUAUGCCCCUUAUGACUGUGCUAUUUGGUGAAUUGACCAAUUCUUUUGGAGAUAACCAGAAUAACCACAAAGUGGUUGAUGCUGUUUCCAAGGUGUCUCUCAAAUUUGUCUACUUGGCUAUUGGCUCAGCUGUUGCAGCGUUCCUUCAGGUGGCUUGCUGGAUGGUCACAGGGGAGAGACAGGCAGCUAGAAUAAGGGGUUUGUAUCUUAAGACUCUAUUAAGACAAGAUGUUGCAUUUUUUGAUAAGGAAACGAACACCGGAGAGGUUAUUGGGAGAAUGUCUGGUGACACCGUCCUCAUACAAGAUGCAAUGGGCGAGAAGGUUGGGAAAUUUUUACAACUCAUUUCUACAUUCAUAGGAGGCUUUGUAAUAGCAUUUAUCAAAGGCUGGCUUCUAACCCUUGUUAUGUUAUCUUCUAUUCCUCUUCUUGUGGUAUCCGGUGCAUUUGUCUCCAUCAUUCUAGCCAAGAUGGCAUCUCUUGGACAAAGUGCUUAUGCAAAAGCAGCAACUGUAGUUGAACAGACAAUUGGUUCAAUCAGAACUGUUGCAUCAUUCACCGGUGAGAUGCAAGCUAUAAUUAAUUACAACAAAUUUCUUGUAGAAGCUUACAAAUCGGGUGUUCAUGAAAGUCUGGCUUCGGGAUUUGGUCUUGGCAUGGUAUAUUUAGUGGUAUUCUGUAGUUAUGCUUUUGCGAUCUGGUUUGGUGCAAAGAUGAUAUUGGAGAAGGGAUAUAGUGGGGGUGAAGUGCUGAAUGUGAUAUUUGCUGUGUUCACUGGGUCCAUGUCUCUAGGCGAGGCGUCUCCCUGCAUGAGUGCAUUUGCCGCUGGUCAAGCUGCAGCAUUUAAGAUGUUUGAAACUAUAGAGAGGAAGCCAGAGAUAGAUGCUUUUGACACUAAGGGAAGGAUAUUAGAUGACAUUCGUGGAGAUAUAGAAUUAAGGGAUGUUAAUUUCAGUUAUCCAAGCAGACCAAAUGAGCAAAUAUUCAAUGGAUUCUGUCUUUGUAUCACUAGUGGCACAACUGCAGCUUUGGUUGGGCAAAGUGGAAGUGGGAAGUCAACCGUGAUUAGUCUGGUAGAGAGAUUUUAUGAUCCUCUGGCUGGUGAAGUUCUUAUUGAUGGCAUUAACCUCAAAGAGUAUCAGCUUAAAUGGAUUAGGGGGAAAAUUGGUCUUGUUAGCCAGGAACCUGUAUUAUUUGCUUCCAGCAUUAUGGAAAAUAUUGCAUAUGGAAAGGAUGGUGCAACUAUAGAAGAGAUUAGAGCAGCAACUGAACUUGCAAACGCUGCCAAGUUCAUUGAUAAAUUGCCACAGGGACUAGAUACCAUGGCUGGUGAGCGUGGAACACAAUUGUCUGGAGGGCAGAAACAGAGGAUUGCCAUUGCAAGAGCAAUUCUAAAAGACCCACGAAUCUUACUUCUUGAUGAAGCUACGAGUGCACUUGAUGCAGAAUCUGAACGGAUGGUGCAAGAGGCGUUAGACAGGAUAAUGGUCAACCGGACAACUGUCAUUGUUGCCCAUCGUUUGAGCACUGUAAGGAAUGCCGAUAUGAUUGCUGUUAUUCAUAGAGGAAAGAUGGUUCAAAAAGGCUCACAUUCAGAGCUAAUCAAGGAUCCUGAUGGAGCAUACUCUCAGCUCAUACACUUGCAAGAAGAAAACAAAGAGUUGGAACAAUCUGUAGAUGAUCAAAACAAACUGGAAAUUACGGUUGAACCUUCUAGACAGUCAAGCCAAAGAAUGUCUGUCCUGCGAUCCACAAGUCGGGGAUCAUCUGGAUUAGGAAGUAGUGGCCGCCAUUCGAUCUCUGCAUCAUUUGGGAUCACUACAGGAGUAAAUGUACCUGAAAUUUCACUGGCGGAACAACAAACCUCUUCACUGCCCGCAGAGCAACUUCCAAAGGUCUCACUUCGCCGCCUUGCCUACCUCAACAAGCCUGAGAUUCCAGUGCUUAUAGUUGGAGCUGUAGCAGCAAUCAGCAAUGGCAUGAUACUUCCGAUUUUUAGUUUAUUAAUUUCCAGCGUUGUCAAAACAUUUUAUGAGCCACCAAAGGAACUGAAAAAGGAUUCAAAAUUUUGGGCAAUAAUGUUUAUUGUCCUCGGUCUGGCUUUAUUUCUGGUGAUUCCAGCACGAUCAUAUUUCUUUGCUGUCGCUGGGUGUAAAUUAAUCCAACGCAUUAGAUUACUUUGCUUUGAGAAGGUGAUUCACAUGGAGGUUGGUUGGUUCGAUGAGCCUGAGCACUCCAGUGGUGCAAUUGGUGCAAGGCUCUCAGCAGAUGCAGCAUCAAUCCGUGCCUUAGUUGGGGAUGCACUUGGACAGAUUGUGGAAAAUGCUGCUUCAGCAAUUGCUGGGCUGGUCAUUGCUUUUGUUGCAAGCUGGCAGCUGGCUUUUAUCAUCCUUGUAUUGAUUCCUCUGAUCGGAGUUAGUGGAUUUCUUCAAGUGAAGUUCAUAAGUGGAUUCAGCGCAAAUGCAAUGAUAAAAUAUGAGGAAGCAAGCCAGGUUGCUAAUGAUGCUGUGGGAAGUAUAAGAAUAGUUGCAUCUUUCUGUUCUGAAGAGAAGGUGAUGCAAUUGUACAAAAAGAAAUGUGAAGGCCCUAUGAAGGCAGGGAUAAGGCGAGGCUUGAUCAGUGGAAUAGGAUUUGGGAUGUCUUUCUUCUUACUGUUUUCUGUCUAUGCAACGAGUUUCUAUGCAGGAGCUCGACUCAUUGAGGAUGGCAAAGCAACAUUCUCUGACAUUUUCCGUGUUUUCUUUGCCUUAAGCAUGGUAGCCCUUGGAAUUUCUCAAUUUAACUCCUUUGGUCCUGAUUCUAGCAAAGCCAAGACUGCUGCUGCUUCCAUAUUUGGGAUAAUAGACCGGAAGUCAAAGAUAGACCCGAGUGAGGAGUCCGGCAUGAAAUUGGAUGAUGUAAAGGGUGAAAUAGAACUUCAUCAUUUAAGCUUUAGGUAUCCAUCUAGGCCAGAUAUUCAGGUCUUCCAAGACCUUAGCUUGUCUAUAAAUUCUGGCAAGACUGUUGCCCUGGUUGGAGAAAGUGGGAGUGGGAAAUCUACAGUGAUCUCGCUUUUGCAAAGAUUUUAUGAUCCUGAGUCAGGUCAUAUUACUCUGGAUGGAAUUGAAAUUCAAAAGCUCCAACUGAAGUGGUUGAGGCAGCAGAUGGGGCUUGUGAGCCAAGAACCAAUUUUGUUCAAUGACACCAUUCGUGCCAACAUUUCAUAUGGAAAGGAAGGAAAUGCAACUGAGGCAGAAAUUAUAGCUGCAUCAGAGUUGGCCAAUGCUGACAAGUUCAUAAGUAGCUUACAACAGGGUUAUGAUACCAUGGUCGGAGAGCGAGGAGUUCAGUUGUCCGGAGGACAGAAGCAACGUGUUGCCAUUGCACGUGCUAUAGUUAAAAGUCCAAAGAUUUUACUGUUAGAUGAGGCUACUAGUGCACUGGAUGCUGAGUCUGAGAAAGUGGUUCAAGAUGCACUUGAUCGAGUCAUGGUUAACCGGACCACCGUUGUUGUCGCCCAUCGAUUGUCAACAAUAAAGAAUGCCGAUCUAAUUGCAGUUCUUAAAAAUGGAGUAAUUGUGGAGAAAGGAAAGCAUGAAACCUUGAUUAAUUUCAAGGGUGGAUAUUAUGCCUCCUUGGUGGCAGUUCACCCAAGUGCUUCAAAUGCAUGAGCUUCUUUUGGUAA